CCAGGAGUCCCCGAAUGCACCCUCUAUUAACACUGCGCCGCUAUUAGUAUCCAUUUCAUCUACUUAAUUUUUCAACACUGCCUUGACCGUCAAAUUUUGGUUUCUUGGCGGCAGAUUUCAAUCUCUCGUACAGUGUUGCGACUCAAACAGGCAACGACUGCUAUAAGGAGCCAUUGACUGGCGACGCAACCCUCCAUCCAUCUGUACUCUGCGCUGUAUCUACACAUUUCCAUCCAUCUCACUACAGCAAUAUGGCGCAACACAUGCCGACCAAAUUCUUUCGCCCUGCCGAAUGGGACCGUCAGUCUGCCGUCCUCAUGGCGUGGCCCGCCCAAGCAAACGAUGCCUAUGAAGACUCAAGAGAUCUCAAGGCUGCUACAAAGGACGUCUCGGCUAUUGCAGAUGCUGUCGCUCUCUUUCAACCAGUCGUCAUCAUGGUGACCCCGGAGCGCCUACAAGAUGCGCAGGAGAGGUUCAAGCACACCAAGAAUGCCAGCGUUGUCAUCAUCUCGUAUUAUCACAAACUAGAUCUUUGGAUGCGCGAUAUGGCACCCACCUUUGUGGUGAAUGAUGAUUCGAACAGCGCCCAGCUCUAUGGUGUCGAUUACAACUUCAAUGGAUGGGGCAAUAAAUAUCCUACCGGAUCAAACAGAUCUCUGGCAGAUAUCAUUCUGCAAGGUCGAUACACGCCAGCCAUCCGGUCAAAUCUUGUGGGCGAGGGAGGUUCAUUUGAAGUUGAUGGCGAAGGCACUGUCAUUUUAACAGAAAGUUCCGUCAUCAUCGACAAUCGCAACCCUGGUAAAGGGAAGGCAGAAAUCGAGCAGGAGCUUCAGCGAACGCUCGGCGUGGAAAAGAUUAUCUGGAUCCCUGGCAGACGAGGCUUGGAGAUUACGGAUAGCCACAUCGAUGGUCUUGUCAGAUUCGUAUCCCCGGGCAAGGUUUUGCUGAGCCGUCCGAACAAUGUUGACGAGGGUGGUGUCUGGGUUGAUGUUUAUCAUGAGGCGUAUGAUAUUCUCAGCAAGACAACAGAUGCCUCGGGGCGGCGGCUACAAAUUGUCGAAGUGGAAGAGGCUGACCUAUACGCUCUUGGAGUAGAAAAGAAGCUGCUCAAAGACAUUGAAGCAGAAGUCGAAGACUACCCGUCACUCAGCUACGUGAACUAUUUGCUAGUCAACGACGGUGUCAUCUUUCCCCAGUUUGGCGACAGAAAAGCCGACAAGGCGGCGUUGAAGCUGAUUCAGAGCCUGUACCCCAACAGGGAUAUAGAAGCAGUCUACAUUUCAGAGCUUCCAUUCUUGGGUGGUGGCAUACACUGCUCAACCCAAGAGGUUCCGGUCCCCAAAGACUAAGGCGCUACUAUCUAGUCAAGAACGAUAUGAAACAAUAGUUUAGUAGAGCAAACUUCGUUAUAUUCUUUACAAAUUCUGUUAAU